AUUUGAGCUUUUAUAUAGUAGAUGAAGGGGGUGGGGAUGCCGAAUUGCUUCUGAAGGGGUUCAAAGGAUAACAGGACGUAGGGAAAUUUCGGUUCAAGCACGCCUAGUCGAGCGAAAAUUUGACAGAGCGAAUCAUUGAUGAUCAUGAGCGGAUCUCAUGGUUCUGACGGCGGACUCUCUGUGGUCACCGAUGCUGCGCAACCCGAUCUGAUCCCCUCGAAGACCAUCGCCAUCCUCGAGGAUCAUCUAUUACAUGACGUGAAAGGGAUAAAAUCAACUCCCAAAGGAUCACGCGGAAAGCCAUCAGGGCAAUGGUGGCCGGUUUCCAAGGUGGCGGACGUCGCCAAAGUGUGCGCAGAGUACGGUGCCACGUACGGUCCGCCCCUAAAGAGGAUCAGGUCACCGUCACAGAGCUCCCAAGGUUCCGACUUGGAAAGAUCUAUCGAACACGGGCGACGCGCCCCCGAGCUGCAUGCCGAUGACCACGUAGACUUUAUGGGCGAACCCGACCGGAGGGUUCUCCGAGCGACGGCGAGCAUGAUGUGCGGUUUACGACUGCGAACCAAGAGAGCAUCCCCCCACCAGGACAUUUGCGGACUGAUUGAGGAGACUAGCCCGUUGCACGAACGCGUGAAUUUGGACUUGCAGAAUGUUCCAGUAGAUCUUAGUCGACUCGCGCCUGGAAGAUGGCUCAACGAUUUCAUCAUCGUCGCCGCCCUGGAUAUGUUCAAGCCAGUGUCCAACUAUGUGCUCGUUGCCGAAUCCGGCGCCGUCCGUCUGGACCAAUGCGAUAAACAUUCAAUGACGAGUCGCUACCGCCCGCUCCUCCCAGCACUACACUAG